AUGUCUAGACGUCUAAAAUUCAUGAGCUUCAACGUAAGGUCAAUUCAGUCUGGUUUUCUAACUUUGAAGGAGUAUGUUGUUGACUGUGCUGCCGAUGUCCUGGGUCUCAGUGAGACUUGGCUAACCCCAGAUAUUGAUUCCUCCUCAGUAUUUAUCAACGACUUCAAUGUCGUUAGAGCAGAUCGAAAUAGCAGAGGCGGGGGCGUCGCGUUUUAUGUGAGAAAUGGUAUUGCCUUCAAAAUAUUGCACUCUAAUAUCACCGCAGUAUUGGAAGAACUUUGGAUCUCUGUAAAGGUUAAUCAACGCAAAUAUUGUCUAGCUAUAGUCUACCGUCCACCAUCGGCAAACGUGCUUGACUGUUUUCAUCAAUUAACUGAGUCUUUAACCAACCUUUCACUCGAUAAUGAUUACGCAAUUGUAAUGGGCGAUUUUAAUAUUAAUGUUUUAGUGAACGACGGCCGAUCCGAGAUGCUGAACUGUUUUCUUGAGUCUUUUGAUCUGUCUCAGUUAGCCCACACGUAUAACUUCCAAUAG